UAUUGUUUCAUAUAAAAAGCGUAGCAAUGUAGUUUUAUUCAGUUAAAUCAUAGUCUAUCUAUCAACACUAUGUUCUCUAAAAUUUUGUCAGUGUUAGCCUUCACAGCUUUAGCACAAGCUGGCGUUUUAGACUACAGUCACGGCCAUGCUACCUCAUAUGCUUCCUCAAACCUAGGUGGUUCAGAACAUGGACAUGGAUAUUCAGCUCCAGUUUUAAGUCACGCAUAUGCUGCACCUGUUGCUCACGGAUAUUCUGCUCCUGUUCUCGCCCACGGACAUUCCGCACAUCACGAUGUAGAUUACAACGCUUAUCCCAAAUACGAAUUCAACUACGGAGUUCAAGAUGGCCACACUGGAGACCACAAAACUCAACACGAAGUCCGUGAUGGUGACGUAGUCAAAGGUUCCUACACAGUAGCUGAACCUGACGGUACUCUUCGUACUGUCCACUACACUGCUGAUGACCACAACGGUUUCAAUGCUGUUGUUGAAAAAUCUGGACACCCAGUUCACCCAGCUCCAGCUCAUGGACACGGAAAAGUACUCCUAGCUGCUCCCGCUGUCCACCACGCUCCAUUGUACCAUCAUUAUCGAUCAGUAAUAAGUAUGUACUCAAAAAUCUUGUCAGUUUUGACUCUUGCUGCUGUGGCACAGGCCGGUGUUUUGGACUAUUCACAUGGCCAUGCCACUUCAUACGCUUCUUCUAACUUAGGUCUUGGACAAGGACACGCCGUACCAGUGGUUGCCCAUGGAUACAAUGCACCGGUCCUUUCACAUGGGGCCUCUGCACACCAUGACGUAGAUUACUAUGCUCAUCCCAAAUACGAAUUCAACUACGGAGUUCAAGAUGGCCACACUGGAGACCACAAAACUCAACACGAAGUACGUGAUGGUGACGUAGUUAAAGGUUCCUACACCGUAGCUGAACCUGAUGGUACUUUUCGUACUGUCCACUACACUGCUGAUGACCACAACGGUUUCAACGCUGUUGUCGAAAAAUCUGGACAUCCCGUUCAUCCUGCUCCUGCCCAGGGAAAAAUUGUUGUAGCAGGCAUACCUUCAUAUUACCGCUAAAUUAUUUAAAUGUUUGGUUUAGAGUGUACCUGUUUAUGUUCUUAUUGUUAUAUUUUAUACUUGUUGCAUUAUAGUAAACAUUAAUAUAUUUUGUCGUCUUCCUUCCAAUUUGAUCAAAAGUAAAUAACUAUUCUAAUUGGGAAAUAAGCAAUUUAACUUGACAAAAUGAUUUUAUUAAUAUUUUACUAAGCAACAACAUUACUGUUUAAUUUAUGUAUUUCGUAUUUUGACAAAACCUUAAUAAAUAGUUAUUUUCCUAACUAUUGCGGAAAGUACGAGACUGCCGUUGACCCGAACGACGCGAUAGCGGAGUUCGGGCAAGCAGUCUAGUGCGGGGAAGACACUUUCCGCAUGAGUUAGGAACAAUAUAUUUUCUAGGGCCGUACGUUUGAAAAAAGCCACAAAAAAUAGAGUUAUAUAAAUUUUUAUUUAGAAGUGAAAAUACACAAAUUAAUUCUUUGACAAGGUUGUCAAAACCAAACCACACCAAACUUUCAAUAUAAUGGGUUACCACGACGACGAUAUUGGUUUCCAUGACGACGAGUAGUUGUCUACUAAUCUGACUUUUAAAUAUUAUGUCAAAAUAAUUUUAUUUUAUCGAAUUAUCGCGCUAAUUUCAUUAAAUCCUGAACACAAUAAGAUAAAUCUGAAAUAAAUUAGUAAAUAAUAUCUAAAUAUUAGUUUAUUGCGCACACCGCCGUGUGGGAAAGUGCAACUUUCGGAAACGAAAUGCGUGCGUGAAAGUGGCUCUUUCAGCACGGCCGUAGAAAAAUUAAAUUUUCAAGUUAAAUUGUGGAUUAUUUCCCAAUUAUAAUAGUUAUUUACAAAAAUGCCACAAAGAAAUAGCUUAAGAACAAUAUUGGUCAAAAGUUUUGUCGAUUCCCAUUAUGCAAGAAUACGAUUUUAUGAUAAAAGUUUGGUCAUGUUUGUCUUAAAAAUACAACAUUUAAUUGUAGUUUAAGACAAUAUACAAACAUUAGCACUACAAUGAGAACAUUUUUAUUGCCACAUUUAACUGGCAUUGACUUAACAAUGUCCAUGUACAUACUCAAAAUAAUAAAUUAACGACUUAAUAACUAGCUGUCGAACUUUGUGACAAUUUCAUAUUUGUUGAAUAUUGUGCAUAUGAUUUCUUUUUUUACUGCCUCUGUAUAUUUUGCAAUUUUUGGAAUAUAAUGGCACAUAGGACCCAUAUAGAUUUUAAUAGUUUACUAAGAUGCAAUAAGCAAGCACUUGGGUGGUAUUACGGCACUGUAAGGAAAUAAAUUACAGAUUAUAAUGUUUAUGACUUCUGAAAUUUUGAAAUUUUCUAAUAGUCCAUUUACUCAGGGUUUUGGCUCCGAAUUUUAAA